AUGUACGACGAAAGAUGGGUAAUGGAGUUAGAAAUACCUGGAGGAGAAGAUGCACCUACCUACAAUGCUGCUGGAAAGCAUAUGAUCACGCAUCUGUUCAUGACGUGUCUGUGGGAACUGGAAGGCUCGUACUGGACCUACCGAAAUCUUCCCGCUCAACAGAUUGAGAAUCACGCGAAAGCGGCACGUAAAGUGUCACGUUCGACAAGACUUCCAGUCGCUCCAACUCCGCCGACUUCAAAGACCCAGCUGGUCACGUCGACACAAUACGAUUCUUACUAA